AGCCGCCACGCUCGUCGCGACAGCCGUCUUGGCAUGAGGUGUCUUCAGGCGCGCGCGAGGUAACGUUCCCGCGCGCGCGAGGGGUAGAUCGGCGGGGUUGGCGGCCUCAGUCGUUUGCGGCGGGGGCCCGCCCCCGCGCGCGGGGACCCCAUGGCUACCUUGAAGUCUCGGCUCCAGGCUCUGCUCCACGAGGUCGGCGAUGCCGGGGGCGGCACCAUGCUGGAGGACGCCAAGCGGGUGGCCGAGGCGGUAGGCCUGGAGUUCCGCAACGUGAAGACUCUCGUGGAGGAGGCGGAGCAGAAUCUGUUCGGCGAGAGCAGGGACGCCGAGCAGUGCUCCCCGCACCCCGCGCCCGAGCCGCAGCACCUCUUCCCGCCUAUGCCGCCGAGGACCAGGGCCUACCCCUCCGAGGCGCCCCCGCCCGCAGAGGACGACGGCUCGGCCGCGGAGGGCGAUGCCGCGCCCCUUGAGGACGACGGCGCGCUGACGGAGGGCGAGGGCGCGCCGGCGGAGGACGAGGAGUGGCUGCCACCCGAUGACGAGGACGCCGCCCAGGAGUGGCUGCCGCCCGAGGCGACCGACGGCCUCGACGCCGAGCACGGCCAGCUCCCGCGGGAUGCGGGCAGCCGGGCGGUGCCGAGCCGGGGGCCUUCGCCCGCGCGCAAGAGGCCGCUCGAGGCGGACCCCUCCGGAAGAGUUCGGCCGAGCAGGAGGAGCGAGGACAGAAGAGCUCCCCGCGAACGCAAAGGCAAGGAAAGGGAGAAGGGCAAGGACAAGGGCACAGACAAGGGCAGAGACAGGGGCAAGCCAGGCAAGGGCAAGGGCGACCAGGAGAUGCGACCAGGAGACUGGAAAUGUGAGUCUUGUGGGUUCCACAACUUCGCGAAGAACGACGCCUGCAAGCAGUGCGGGAAGUCCAACAAGGCCAAGAAGGCCAACAGGGCAAUGCGCGAGUUCCGGGCGAACGGGUCGUGCAAGCGCUUUUGCAUCAUGUGGAUGAUGGGCUCUUGCAAAAACUCCAAAAAAUGUACGUUCGCCCACGCGCCCCAUGAGCUGGCAGCCGCGCGGGAUCUUCGUCGUGGAUCAUGGCUGUGCGAAAAGUGCGGCCGGGUGCUGGCAAGUACUGAUCGCGGCUGUUCGAACUGCCACUUUGCCCCAACCAGGAAUACCUUGGUGUACGAUGAGAGAAGGGGCGAUUUUUCGAGAUUGUCCUUAUAAUGCUCAGCCCUCGCGUACUGUACAGCGGCGGGAGGUUGUUGCCGUGCACUGGUGCAUGGCAUGGUAGUGAUACCUUUGCUGACGGCUGCGCAGAUAUGGAAUAGUCGAGGUUGUGUAUAAAACAUAUACCAUGCUGUCUCAAGGGGUCCAGUGAACUGGG